GAAAAGCUUCCAAAGCUUCCAUUACCACCUCUGGAGAACACCCUCAGGAAAUAUGAGAAAACUCUUCGUCCUCUCCUCAGCCCUCAAGACCACGAAAGAGUCCAUAAAAUCAUCGAAGAGUUUGGAGCUCCAGGUGGUCUCGGGCCUAAGCUACAACUGUACCUGGAAAAUAGGAGGGAGAAAAUGGACAACUGGGCUUACGAAUACUGGCUCAAUGACAUGUAUUUCAAUUUCCGAGAACCCAUUCCCAUCAACUCCAACCCCGGCAUGGUAUUUGCACCCAGAAAGUUCACCACAAUCCUCGACGUGGCUCGGUUCGCGGCAAGGCUGAUAGAUGCCGCUCUCGACCACAAAGACAUCCUCAAUCGCAAAGCUCUUCCUCAGGAACGAGCGACAUCUAGAGAGCCUGGACAACUGCUGUGUAUGGCACAGUACUACAGGAUUCUGGAAGCGUCUAGGCUGCCUGGAAAGAAAAGGGAUUCGCAGUACGUCGGCGCUGAUAUGAGAGGUGGAGGGCAGGUGUCUGAACAUGUUGUGGUGAUAUGCAGGAGUCAGCUGUACUGUGUUCCUGUGCAGGCGGGCGACAGAGGUCGAUUAACAGAAGACGAAAUAUGCUCCCAAAUGCUUUACAUCCUGGACGAUGCACCAUGUCUCUCGAGCCCUCCGCCAGUCGGUCUUCUAACAGGAUGGAAAAGGGCACUUUGGGCGGAAGCUCGUGAAGAUCUCAUGAAAGAGGAACAAAAUGCGAGAAAUCUGGACCUAAUUACAAAAUCGUUGCUUGUAGUUUGCUUGGACGAAGGCUUACCUACCAAUUUCAACUGCAGAUUACAAAGAGGGGGAAAAGGACACACAGCCGGUCCCAGAGACGAGACGAACUUAGCACAUCAAAUGCUUCAUGGAGGCGGAACAAUCCACAACUCAGCCAACCGAUGGUUCGACAAAACCAUCCAGCUCAUCAUCUCUGGAGAUGGAGCUUGUGGCCUGUGCUAUGAACACUCUAAUGCAGAAGGAGUGGCCGUCAUCCAACUCGUCGAAAAGCUCUGGAACCACGCAGACUCCCUUCCAGCUCACUCCGAUGUACCAGCGACUUCCAACAGUCACAUACCUCCUCCAGAACGCAUGGAGUGGAUUUUGGAAGCCACCGAUCUAAAGAGGAUAGAGGAAGCCGGAAACGUUUUAGACAACCUCAUCAAAGAUCUAGACUUCCAGGUGUACAGAUUUAUGGGGUAUGGUAAAGAGUUCAUCAAGUCGUGCAAGGUCAGUCCUGAUGUGUAUAUUCAGCUGGCUUUGCAGUUGGCCUAUUAUAGGCUUUAUGGAAAACUGACUGCAACCUAUGAGAGCGCUUCCACUAGGAGGUUUCGCCUAGGCAGAGUGGACUGUAUUCGAUCUGCCACUCCAGAAGCUUUGGAAUGGGUAACUGCGAUGUUGCAGCCCAAGGAAGAUGAUCUUGCAAGUAAGAAGGUAACAUUCCACCUAGUCAGCGACGAGAAAAAAAUCCUCCUUUGGAAUGAAGCGGUCUCAGCCCAAACUUCUGAGAUGGUCGACAAUAUCCUAGGCCAAGGCAUCGACAUACAUAUCUUAGGUUUAAGAGAAGCGGCAAGGGAAACUUCUCCAACCGCCUCCACGCCACUGCCGAAGCUUUUCACAGACUCCUCAUAUAGGAUAGCUAAUAAGUUUCUUCUGACGACUAGUCAGGUCGCUACUAAUACUGACAGCUUCAUGGGGUACGGCCCAGUAGAAGAUGAUGGAUACGGGGCGUCGUACAACCCCAAAUCUGAUUGUAUAAUAUUUUGUUUGUCGGCUUUUUGGUCUUCAGAAGUUACUAGUACUUCUAGAUUCGUGCAGUCGUUGGAAGAAAGUUUGAAUGCGAUGCAAGUGCUUCUGACGAGGCCAACUUAGGUUAAUAUUCGUGAAAAUUUUGGUAACGUGCGAUGCAUUGUGAAUAUAAGCAUGUGUGCUUUGGUUUGUCAAAUGCCCCUUGCUUCUUAACGGCGUGCCAUUAAUUUCGAGAGAAAAGCAUUCUAGAAUGAAAUGUUUCGAAAGUAUAUUGAAGGUUUGAAGGUCUGCGAAUGAAUGUAGAAAGGGCAAAAAUUAAAUAUGAAUGAAAUUCACUAAAUGCCUGGUUUGAAGUUUGAAUUUAAUAGAAUUCCAAGUUAGAAGUGACAAUUUUUUUAGAUUCCAAC